AUGGGACUGUGCCCCGAGAAAUUGGCACGAAUCUCGGAGCAUCAUGGCAGAUGGCACGGCCCAGGCAAGAUCAUGGACCCUCCACAGGCCUCCCUUCUCGCUCGAAUCUCGUCCGCCGUCUUCUUCGGUCUAGCCAGUAUAUUAGUGGUCUUCGUCAACAAGAUUCUUCUUACUAACUACAGUUUUCCUUCGCCUUUGUCGGUGGGGAUAGGCCAGAUGCUGGCGACGAUCGUCAUCCUCUACAUUGCUCGGUUAUUUCGCCUGGUGUCUUUUCCGAAACUCGACAGCAGUGUGCCUAGAAAGAUCUUCCCCUUGCCGCUAAUUUACGUGCUCAACUUGGUGACGGGUCUUGGUGGAACGAAGGCAAUCAACUUACCGAUGUUUACCGUCCUUCGGCGCUUCUCGAUUUUGAUGACGAUGAUCUUGGAAUACUACAUUCUUGGGGUGAAGUCUUCUUUCGCUGUCAAAAUUUCGAUUGGGCUCAUGAUUGGUGGAUCGAUCGUCGCUGCACUUUACGACUUGGCUUUCGACAGCUAUGGGUACACUUUGAUCCUGCUCAAUGACAUCUUCACCGCGGCACAAGGUGUCUACACGAAGCAAAAGUUGGAAGCCAAGGAUUUGGGAAAAUACGGGAUUAUGUACUACAAUUGCCUCUUCAUGUUCUUGCCGGCCACGUUUUUGCUGAUCUAUACAGAUGAAUUUGAGAAGACGUUUGCAUUCGUUUCAUCCGAACAAAUGGUGCCCGGCGCUUGGGUUUGCUUUGCCGUCUCUUGUGUCUGCGGGUUCGUCCUGAAUUAUUCGCUUGUGGUCUGCACAAACUACAAUUCUGCACUGACGACGACCUGUGUUGGCCCGAUUAAGAAUCUCGUCGUAACCUACGCCGGCAUGUUCAGCAGCGGUGACUACGUCUUCUCCUGGACGAAUUUCCUGGGAAUCAAUAUCAGUGUGCUUGGCUCCGUGCUGUACACCUACGUCACCUUCCGGACAAAGUCGCCGGCCCAACGCCUGAUCACCAUCACUCCAAUGGCCAAGUCGUCUGCCGAGAAGCAACCAUUGAUC